CAGCGAUAACUCUAGAUAACUCAAUGUCUGAACCCGGAAGGGUUGUUUCUGCAUAGCUUUUAUACAUUUGUUAUCAGGACAUAAAUCAGGAUACAAAUUCAAUAGCAAUUGUUACCGUAUAUGGUUAGAACAAAGACCGAACAAUGCAGAAGAGCUGAAGGCCGCUAUUGAAGCAUCCUGGUCUUCCAUAAGACCUCAGCAGUGCCACAGGCUGAGAGCAUCCAUGCCAGGCCGCAUUGAGGCAGUAAGUGAUGCAAAAGGGGCCCAAGCCAAGUACUGAGUACAUAGGCAUGCUUAUACUUUUCAGAGGUCGGACAUUGUUCUAUGUAAAAUCCUCGUUUUAUUGACUUCAUGUAAUAUUCUAAUUUUCUGAGAUUGUGAAUUUGGGGUUUUCAUGAGCUGUCAGCCAUAAUCAUCAAAAUUACGAGAAAUCAAGGCGUGAACUAUCUCGCUUUGCAUGUACUGAGUCGAUCUCAUAUAUUAGUUUCACCUUUUAAGUUGCAUUACUGAAAUAAAUGAACUUUUUGCACGAUAUUCUAAUUUUUCGAGUCUCACCUGUAUACCUCCCCCUUGAUGGGUGACUUGGUAUUUUCCCAUUAUUACUUCGGUCAAAGACUAAUUACUUUAUUGUUCUACUUUAAGAUCACUGGAGUCCCUGGCCUGUAUCGCACCUGCCAGGCUGAACUCCUUAAAGCCACCUGGGACCAGAUUGUCCUAAGAGCCAGCCAGGAAAAGGCUGCUUUGUUUUCUUGCAAAACCCAUCCGGAGCCCUUUUUAUUAUUUAUAUUUUAUUUUAUUAUUUUACUUUCUUUUUCAUUAUUUUCUUUUAUUUUCCCAUUUAUUGCAGCCCCCCCAUCUCACAAAAGGAGGGACCCGGGCGGCGCGCUUUGAGUCCAAUUCUCUCCCGUCUCCCGUCCGCCUCUCUCUCCUCUCCGCUCCGCCCCGGCUUUUGCGCGGCGCCCGAGCGGCCCGGGAGCGCUUAGCCGAGCGGAGCCGGGACUCGCCCUGCACCACCGCCGGCCAGGGAGGAGCGUCGGUCGGGUGCUCGGGCUGCAUGGCGGGAGCCGGAGCUCCGAGCGGGCCGCGGGUGCUGGUGGUGGGCGCGGGGGCGGCGGGGCUGGGGGCGGCGCAGCGGCUCCUCCGGGGCUCCCGCCGCUUCUCCGCCCACCUGCGCCUGCUGGAAGCCUCGGGACGCGCCGGGGGCCGCAUCCGCAGCGCCCACUUCGGAAAGGGCGUGGUGGAGGUGGGUGCGCAGUGGAUCCACGGCCCUUCCAAGGAAAACCCCGUCUUCCAGCUGGCAGCGGAGGCCGGCUUGCUCGACCAAGAUGCUCUGUCGGAAGAAAACCAGCGGGUGGAAGUGCAGGGGCAUCCGGCAGGGCCCUUCGCCUGGUAUUCCAGCCAGGGCCGGGAGCUGAACCCCGAGGUGGUGGAUUCCAUGGGGAGCUGCUUUUCGGGUCUUCUGGAAGAAGCCCGGGCCUUCAUGCACGUGGAUCACCCCCCGGUGCCCAGCGUGGGGGAGUACCUGAAAAAGGCCAUAGCCCGGAAGCUGGAAGAAUCGCCCGACGACGAAGAGACCAGGCGCCUCAAGUUGGCCGUCCUGCAGGCUUACUUCAACCUGGAGUGUUGUGUGAAUGCGACCGACAGCCUGGACGAGUUGGCUCUGGGGCCCUUUGGGGAGUACAUCAUGCUCCCUGGCCUGGACUGCACCUUUCCCGACGGUUUUCAAGGUCUCACAGACCACAUCAUGGCGUCUCUACCCAAAGGCAUUGUGCUGUUUGACAAGCCGGUGAAGACAAUCCAUUGGGGAAGGUCCAACUUGGAGGAGGGCUCCACAGGCCGGCUCUUUGGCGUGCAGGUAGAAUGUGAAGAUGGAGAAAUGUUCUUGGCAGACCACGUCAUCGUUACGGUGCCUUUAGGUUUCCUCAAAGAACACCAGGAGUCUUUUUUUUGCCCUCCUCUCCCAUCCCAGAAGCUGGAAGCAAUACGACAUUUGGGUUUUGGGACUUCCAAUAAAAUUAUUUUGGAAUUUGAACAACCAUUCUGGAAGCCGGACGCUGAAAUAAUUGAGGUGGUGUGGGAAAACAAGUCCCCACUAGAGGAGCGUCCUGCUGAUUUGAGAAACACCUGGUUCCAGAAGAUUGCUGGCUAUGUUGUUCUCCAGCCCCCUGAGAGGCACGGCCAUAUCCUUUGUGGCUUCAUCGCUGGAAGAGAAUCUGAAUUUAUGGAAACCCUGUCAGAUUCUGAAGUUCUUACAACUUUGACUCAAAUAUUUCGUAAAACAACAGGAAAUCCACAACUGGCUCCUCCGAAGAAUAUACUGAGAUCUAGAUGGCAUAGUGAACCUUACACCAAGGGAUCCUACAGUUAUAUAGCUGUAGGAAGUUCUGGGGAUGACGUUGAUCGCCUUGCUCAGCCCCUCCCGGAGGACACCUCUGACUCCAAGGUCCUGCCCCAGCUUCUCUUUGCCGGGGAGGCCACCCAUCGCUCCUUCUUUUCCACCACCCACGGGGCCUUGCUCUCCGGCUGGAGAGAAGCAAACCGCCUCAUCCAUCUCUACGACUCGCUCCUGGAGGCUCCGCCUGCCAGGCUGGAAGUUGGCAAGUGACACAGCAGCGCCUUUUUCUCUGCUACUUUUCUCACCAAAGAUCAGAAAACGGUUGGGAAUUCUUUUAAUUAGUCUGAUGAGGUUCCAGGAAUCUUUGCUCUGGAGUUAAUUACUGGGAGUAUUUUUGUCCAGAUAUGACAACACUAAUAUCCCAACGGUGUGCCUUAUCCCGUCUAAAUAACCUUCUGCUUAUGUCGCUAUUUCUACCUCAUCUGUUCCUAAAAUGCUCCUGAAGUCACCACCUAUCAUGGAAAAUGAGCCGACACCUUUAACUGCACUGGCUAAAUUUAUACAAAGCAUUAAGCCACAAAUUAGGAAACCAUAUUUUGGCUCACUGAGUCACUGAUACAAGCAUUUUAAGCCAUUUUGGGAAUUAUUUGGCAUUGACUUAUUACAUGAAAGAACCUAGUCUGUUUGUAAGUCUAGUUUAUAGCUUGGUCUGUUAUACCAAUGUGAUGAUGUGAUAAGCUAUGGAUUUCCAUUCUGCACGAACCCACCUACUGUCUUAAACGUACUUUUUACAAUACUCCCACUAUGCUGCCAAGGUGUGUCUGCAAAUUGUCUUCUCACACUGUGCUGAGCAAUGUACGUGUGUCUGUGUUGCCUAAUCCGCUUGUAUGAAUCCAGUCAUUUUAACUCUGAUCUGUUUGAAACAUCUUCAUGGAUUAUAAAGUUGAUUUGUUUGAGAGAAA